AAACCGUACGCGUCGUAUCUUAACAAAAAUUCACACAAUCCCAACCCAUCCUCUAUUCUUUUCUUCACACAUCUAUUUCUCCGGUACCUACCUAUAGUAUCUUUAACUUUCACUUUUUUUUUCCCAUUCCCAACAAUUUCCACAGAUCUGAAACACUCUUUGCAGCACCAUUGACCUUUCAACUUCCCUUCUUCUUCUUCUUCUUCUUCAUUGGUCGUUCUUCCUGUAGAACCGGACCUCACGAUUCGGAGCUCCGUAUCCGGAUCUAGAAGGUGAGGUAAGCUUGACUCUUGGAUACUUGAAUUGAAUUUGAAUUGAACGGUUAUUAGGGUUUGAUUUUGAUUUGAUUUUCUACUUUAAGAAAAUCAGUUAAUUCAAAUCUAAUCUACUUCAUUCUGUUAUAACCGUUUCGUGAAGUGAGUUUGUAAUUAAGUGAUUUGAUCGGAGAAGUUUGGUGUUGGAUUCUUGAAGUAUGGCUUCGAGUACGAUUCGGAAGGCGAUUGGUGCGGUGAAGGAUCAGACGAGUAUUGGAAUAGCGAAGGUGGCGAGUAAUAUGGCACCGGAGUUGGAGGUGGCGAUUGUGAAGGCGACGAGUCAUGAUGAGGAUCCGGCGAGUGAGAAGUAUGUGAGGGAGAUUUUGAACUUGAUGUCUUAUUCUCGUGGUUAUGUCAACGCUUGUGUGUUGGCAGUGUCGAAGAGGUUGGGGAAGACGCGUGAUUGGAUUGUUGCGUUGAAGGCUCUUAUACUUGUUCAUCGUUUGAUGAAUGAAGGGACGGUGAUUUUUCAGGAGGAGAUUUUGUAUGCUACUAGGAGGGGGACUAGGCUUUUGAAUAUGUCGGAUUUUAGGGAUGAGGCGCAUUCUAGCUCUUGGGAUCAUUCUGCUUUUGUUAGGACGUAUGCGAUGUAUCUUGAUCAGCGGCUUGAGUUGAUGUUGUUUGAUAGGAAGACUAAUGUUGGCGGCAGUGGUGGUGGUUCUGGUAGUGGUGGCGGUGGGGAUGAUAGGUUUGGUGGAAGGGAAAACUUCAGAUCGCCGCCGAAUGAGUAUGAGUAUGGAGGUCGAGGGGAUGGUGGGAGUGGGAUGAGGAAGACGAGGUCGUAUGGGGAUAUGGCUGAUGCGGCGGGGCAGGAUGAUAGAAGGAUUGUUACUGUUACUCCUUUGAGGGAUAUGAAGCCGGAGAGGAUUUUUGGUAAGAUGGGUCAUUUGCAGAGGCUCUUGGAUCGAUUCUUGUCUUGUAGGCCGACUGGGUUGGCUAAGAACAGCAGGAUGGUUUUGGUUGCUUUGUAUCCGCUAGUUAAGGAGAGCUUUCAGCUGUAUGCGGAUAUAUGUGAGGUUUUGGCUGUGUUGCUCGACAAAUUCUUUGACAUGGAGUACCCUGAUUGCGUGAAGGCCUUUGAUGCUUAUGCAAGUUCAGCUAAACAAAUUGACGAACUGAUUACCUUUUACAAUUGGUGUAAAGAUAGUGGUUUAGCAAGAUCUUCUGAGUAUCCUGAAGUUCAGAGAAUUACUAGUAAGUUGCUGGAGACGUUGGAGGAGUUUGUGAGGGAUAGGGCCAAGAGGCCUAAAAGUCCAGAGAGGAAAGAGGAAGCUCCCAAAGUUGAAGUACAAGAGGAGGAGCCAGUACCAGAUAUGAACGAAAUCAAGGCACUGCCUCCACCUGAGAAUUAUACCCCGCCUCCUCCGCCUGUACCGGAGCCUGAACCAAAGCCACAGUUUACGGAAGACUUGAUGAAUCUGAGAGAGGACGCAGUCACGGCAGACGACCAGGGUAAUAAAUUUGCUUUGGCACUGUUUGCUGGUGCACCGGCUAAUAAUGCCAAUGGAUCAUGGGAAGCCUUUCCAUCAAAUGGACAGCCAGAAGUAACUUCAGCUUGGCAGACCCCUGCUGCAGAACCUGGGAAAGCUGAUUGGGAAUUGGCGCUGGUAGAAACAGCCAGCAAUUUAUCAAGGCAGAAAGCAGAUUUAGGUGGUGGGCUAGAUCCUUUAUUGUUGAAUGGUAUGUAUGAUCAAGGAAUGGUCAGGCAGCACGUCAGCACUUCCCAACUUAGUGGAGGGAGUGCAAGCAGUGUGGCGUUGCCGGGACCGGGAAAGACCACAACACCUGUUUUAGCUCUUCCGGCCCCAGAUGGAUCUGUGCAGCCAGUUAAUCAGGACCCAUUCGCUGCAUCUUUGAACAUUCCACCUCCUUCCUAUGUGCAAAUGGCCGAAAUGGAGAAGAAACAGCAAUUGCUUGUGAAUGAGCAGCAGCUGUGGCAUCAGUAUGCAAGGGACGGGAUGCAAGGCCAAACUAGCUUGACCAAAUUGAACGGUAAUGGAUACUAUGCUGGAGGUCCUAUGCCUUAUGGAAUGCCCCCAGUCCAUGGAAUGGGGCCUCCAAACGGGUAUUACCAUACUCCUCUCUGAAACAAUCUCCCUUUCCUUUUUUGCCACAUAUCUAUAGGUUGUUUCGUUUAUUUGUUACUAUGACAGUGUUUUCCUUUGUUUUAAAAUGGUGUCAUGUUAUUCUUGAGAUCUGCAUUUAGUUCAUGGGAUGCAAAGGAUAUACAGUUGGAGGAGACAAUUUCUUGUUUGGUUUUGAUGCUGGGAGAUGUGUAACUCAAUUGUGAUGUCUCUGUGUAUUGUGUAAUAGUAUCAUUUUCUUCUCGAUUUUGUACUUUCAAGUUAUUCUUGCUCCUCCUUAUUAAAAACAAACGUUUAACUGCUGUAAAUUUUAUAAAAUUCUGGUGCUGAUGAUAUGCAUAUUUCCAACUUAUGUUAA